AUGGCGCUAUACCGCUUUCAUGUGCAGAAGAUUAGUGGCCACUUGGAAGGGUGUGAGUUUCAUCAUAUACCGCGGGCAGAGAACGAGGCAGCCGACACUCUGUCGAAGUUGGGAUCAACGCAUCAGGCCAUCCCGGCUGGUGUUGCAUUGGAACAUUUACGCAAGCCAUCCAUCAAGCCGUCAUCAGAAUCAGAGUCAAUAUUUAUUCCGGCAAGCUCAGAAACUAAUGUCACUCCAAUGGAAAUUGACAGCGGCAGCGGUUCCGGUAACCCGGGGACUGAGCGUCCUAACUCGGCUGAAGCAAUGGCGGUUGAACCAAUGGAGAUAGACGAGCUAGUCUUCGUAACUCGUCCUGUGCCGGCUUGGGCGCAACCGAUAAUGUCCUAUCUCAAGGAUGGAAAUCUGCCGUAA